AUGCCAAAGAUCUCGCCAAUUAAGCAGCUCGCCGACGCUCACGAUGACGGAAUCUGGGCCGCCGCGUGGGCGCCGCCGACGGACGCGCGGCCACAGGCGGUGCUGCUGACGGGAUCCGUCGACGAGUCGGUGCGCGUGUGGGCCGGCGACGAUCUGACGGCCGCGCGAACCAACAGCGGCCACACGCUAGGCGUGGUGGCCCUGGCGGCCUGUCCAACCACCUCACGAGCAGCGUCCUCGUCCCUGGACUGCUUCGUGAGGGUCUUUGAUGUUGACUCCAACACCACCAUCGCCACCCUCGAAGCCCCCCCUGCUGAGACAUGGCAGCUCGCCUUCCACCCGCAGGGCAGUUUUCUUGCAGUAGCGGGCGGCAGCAGCCAGGCUGUCAAGCUAUGGAGCACUGCCACGUGGCAGGAAGCCACCACUCUCGACCUGCCAGCUGGACCCGCAGCGCCGGCCACCGCGGGCGGCAGCAACAGCAGCAGCAGCACAACCUUGGCCGGGCGGUUUGUCUUGUCUGUAGCGUGGAGCGUGGACGGCAAGAGGCUGGCAUGUAGCAGCAUGGACGGCACUGUAGCGAUUUUUGACACGUCAGCAUCGCCCUUCCGGUUCCUGCAUUUCCUGGAAGGCCACCACCUGCCUGUUCGCUCCCUCGCCUUCUCACCCAUCGACCCCCGCAUCCUCAUCACUGCGAGUGACGACCGCCACACGCAUGUGUACGACGUGGAGGGAAGGCAGCUCAUAGCAGCGCUCUCGGGCCACACCAGCUGGGUGCUCUCUGCUGAUUGCAGCCCUGAUGGUGCUACAAUCGCCACAGGCUCCAGUGAUAGGACAGUGAGGCUGUGGGACAUGAGGCAGCGGACAGCCCUGCAGGUGGCUAGGAAGCACAAGAACCAGGUGUGGGCUGUGGUGUGCUGCGCCCCUCCCAACCCCUUUUCACCCUCACCCUUCUAUUCCCUUAUUUCCAUUCCUCCCUGUCACCCAUCAGGUUCCAGUGAUCGAACAGUGAGGCUCUGGGACAUGAGGCAGCGGACAGCUCUACAGGUAGCCAAGGAGCACAAGGACCAGGUGUGGGCUGUGGUGUGCUGCGCCCCUUCUCAUCCUUUCUCACCCCCUCUCACCCCUUCACUUCCUCUCACCCAUCAGGCUCCAGUGAUCGCACAGUGA